AUGCUGGAGAAGUUUGUAAAAAACCUGGUGCCUUCCCUGCAGAGAGGAGACCCCUUCUUUGUUCCAGCCUUCCUGUACACCUACCGAAAGUUCUCCACUACUAGGCAGGUGCUGGAUCUGUUUUUUAAAAGGUAUGGAUUCUUCCAUGAUGCUUGUGAGGAGGAUGAGCAAAUAAAGAACCUCAUCUGCUACUUCCUUGGGAUGUGGCUGGACAAGUAUCCUGAGGAUUUCUGGAAGUCCAAAGACCUGGCCAUCUUGAAUCAGUUGAUGGCCUAUCUGCUGGUCAACAUGCCUUUCUCAGAACUGACAGUUCAUGUCAACUGUCUGUUGACUCAGCUAGAGGACUUGGAAUCAACUGAUACAUAG